AAUAAGUCGAAAUACAUUAACAAAUAAUUAAAUCCUUACCUACUUAUUUGCAGGGCCCUUAGCAAAAAAAUGCAGCGAAAUUCGUGAAAACGUGGCUGAAUAAAUCUAUGUCUGGCUUUAUUUCCAAUUUAUAAAGCCCUGGUCACUAUCUGGUUCGCCUUGGCGUGAACGUGUUUGAGGCUUGGAUGACGGCACAUAUGAUGUAUUCAACGGGAAUUGUGGCGUGCUUCGUCUUCUCCGUGGGAAUCGUUUUCAUCCUAAAUUUUCUCCGUGUGUUGGAAAGCUAUAUCACCACCGACUUGGCCGACCACACCGACUGCAUCCGGCUCUACCGGGUAGUUCAAAUCUUGGAGAAAUCGUUAAACGCCUACUUGUCGGAGAGGAUCCUACCCGCCAUAAUGAUUGGCGACCCGACGGUUGAAAUUUUCGGGCUUUUUGUCUGCAUCAGUUUGUCGAAGGAAACCCCGAUGCCGGGCUUUCUCAUAUUCCCCCUGAUGACGACGGUCACCGGGAUCAACAACGUGGUAAUAGUCGCCCUCGCCUCAAAGUUUCACAGUGCGUCGGAGCGUCUCUUGGUUUGCUGGGAGAGGGCAAGCUUAUCAAAUAAAUGGAAUAAUAAGCUGCGGAGAAGGGAUCUCCGAGCCUGUAACGUGCUCAAGAUCAAGUUUGGUUCGAACUUUGUCGAGAAAGGGACCCCGCUCGUUUUGCAGGAUUUUUGCAUUAAUCAAACCAUAUCUCUAAUACUGCUCAACAGGGAGAGGAAAUAAACGUUGCAAACAUUCAUUUAUUCAUUUUCGCUCAAA